AUGGCUCAGCCCAGGCUCCUGAUCCUCCUCUUGGUUUUGCUCGCAGCCCGGAGAGGCCUCCUCCUCAAGCUCUACAAAGCCGAAUCCAUCUACAGUUGCAUCAACGCCGCUCUCUCGGAUGCCAAUCGUGCCCACAGGGAUGAGAACUCCCCUCUGGAGAAAAGGAGCUUCGUCUUCCAGUCGGGGGGCGAAGAGGAGACCUCCUCCGAGGAUGAAGAAGAAGAGAUGGAGGAGGAGGAGAAGGAGAAAAGGACGUACCCAGGGGUCACCCGCUACAAAUCCCUGGCUCAGGUCCAGGGCAAGGGAAAGAUGUCCCCAGGCCUUGCCAAAAGUGACCGGCGUACAAAGUUCACCCUCUCCCUCGAUGUCCCCACCAACAUCAUGAACAUCCUCUUUAACAUUGCCAAGGCGAAGAACCUGAGGGCCAAGGCGGCCGCCAACGCCCAGCUGAUGGCCCAAAUUGGCCGGAGAAAGUGAGGAGGGCUGAGAAGUGAGAGAAGGA